UUAAGUCGAAAAUAAACGUUUACUUAAUUUUAAAAUUCUUCAAUAAUAUCUCAAUUUGUAAAAUACAUUGAAGUAAUUUACAAAGAUAACAUAAAAUUACGUAUUCUUUGGUAUUGUUUGACGUUAAAUUUCUUUUAUAAAUGAUAACGCAGUGUCGGACGAGAGGCGAUGAACGGCUGUUGUUCCAUCUCCCGGACACUUGUUGACCCGCAAUUUAUAAUUCGUUUUUAAUAUAUUUUUUAGUCUAAUAGUUUUAGCACUAGUAAAUAAAAUGACUGAAAAUACGAAUAGAAGAGUACAAUAUUUGGCUGGCAUUUGCGCUUCGUUGGCGUUUACGUUUACUGGAGCUACUAUUUCAUGGUCAUCGCCUGUUAUUCCAAAGAUCAAAAGUGGGGAAGUAAAUAUACAGCUGACGAAUGCGCAGAUAUCAUGGGUGGUGGCUCUAGCAGCGCUGGGCGCUCUGCCCGGCUGUUACAUCGGGCAGGUGCUGAGCGAGCGUCUGGGUCGUCGUCGAACAAUAUGUGGUGCAGCGGUGCCUGGAAUUGCAGGUGCGGCGAUGAUAUUAUUCACAAAAACACCUGAGGUGAUGUACGUUGCUAGGAUAUUGAUGGGUAUAUCGAAUGGGAUUACGGCGGUCGUGACAAUGAUUUACUUAACAGAAAUAGCGGACAAGGAAGUGCGUGGUGCGUUAGGCAUGGUCGUACAAGUUAUGAUAAACCUCGGAGCACUUGCGAUGUACGGCAUAGGGCCCUUCGUGUCGUAUAACGUUCUCAACUCGCUUGUAACCACUCUGCCGAUAUUUAACAUGCUCGUGUGUCUGUGGAUACCAGAGUCACCGUAUUAUCAUCUCAAAGAUGAGAGAUAUGCUGAGGCUAAAAAAGCGUUUAUGAUGAUCAAAGGAUGCAAGGAUCAAAAGUGGGCUGAUCAACAGUUGGGACUAAUCCGAAUGCAUGUGAGAGAAAGUAUGGAAAACAAAUCAACGCUAAAAGAACUGUUGUGCAAAGUUAAGUACAGGAAAGCUGUGUAUAUUAUAGCAGGUCUGAAAAUAUUUCAAUAUAUGACGGGUAGUUUGGCGAUUCAGUCUUAUUUAGAAAUCAUCUUCACUCAAAGCACUUCGAUAUCGGGACCUUACGUCAGUAUUGUAUAUGGCUUUGUCCAGUUAGGAGCCGGUGUGGGGGCAACAUUCCUGGCCGGAUACUUCGGGCGACGUAUCCUUAUGAUCGUGUCCUGUUCUGGUGUUGCACUUUCUUUAACAGCUGUGGGAAUCUACUUUUAUUUGCAAGAUUAUAUCAAAAUAAAUUCCGCAACCCUCAGUGCGAUAUCUUUCGUGCCUUUAAUAGGGGUUUUAGUAUUUAAUAUUUUAUACGCUGUAGGUAUUGGUACAAUACCUUAUAUAAUGCAAGCGGAAUUAUUCCCUAUAAAUGUUAAAACUGUAGCAUCGAGUGCAGCUACUAUGAUAUCUUGUAUUUUAAAUUUUACGGUGACGAAAUCAUAUCAAAGUAUAAAAGAUGUGUUCGGACAUUACAUUGUGUUUUGGAUAUUUGCGGGUAUUGCGUACGUUGGUGUGUUUUUCGUAUAUUUUCUAGUUCCUGAAACGAAAGGUAAGAGUUUGGAAGAGAUACAAGAUUUCAUGCAGGGGCCACGGCACUUGGAGACGGAAGUGCUGAAUGUACCAGAGGCUAUUCAAGCUAAGAGAGACGAUGCUUAG